CCGCACUAAACAGUUGCUAGUUCUUUACGAUACAAUUGACGUGAUCCCCAUGUCGUUGCAGCCACUGUCAGCUGCCUUUCAACCAACCGGCCGCCGUUCGGAGUUCAUUGUUGUCAGCUGCUACACCCGUUUUGACAACCUUGCCCAUGGACCACGUGGCAAAGAGGCGAAGAAGAGUCUCUACACCUUUUGGAUGGACACAAGUGAUGGCUCGAUGGUGCUCCUUUCGGUGGUGAAGGAAGACGUCAUGAAUCCGGCUUUCUCACGAUGGCACUCAAGGCGAAAUGUGAUGUACACAUGCACAGAGUCAGUGGCAGAAAACGGGCAAAUCGACACCUGGAGUGUGGACCCCUUCACGGGCCAACUCUCGCGGAUCGGGACGUUCGAUGCUGGUGGCACUUCCACCUGCUAUAUCACCUUGGACAAGGAAAGCCGAAACAUUUUGGUAGUGAAUUAUUGGAAUGCAACCAUCGGAGUCUUCGGUGUGGACCAGUCGACUGGAGCAGUGACAUGCAUGCGCUCUUUGUACGACCCCAACGAGGGGAGAUCGAUGAAGGCCAAGCAUGACCGUCACGUGAACCACUCGGAAAACGAUCCACUCGCGCAGAAAGAGCGCCAGUCAGAUCCGCACUCGCAUGCUGUGAUCCUUGAUCCAUUUUUUGGUCGAAUCGCUUACGUGCCGGAUCUAGGCAUGGACCUCAUCCGGCAAUUCCACUAUGACAUUGAGGCAGGGACACUGGCGGCUCGUGGCACGAUUUCCUCUGGCCCACCAGGCCGCAAAGCCUUGGGCCCACGCUACAUCGAGUUUCAUCCAACCCUUCCUAUUGCCUAUGUGGUCAACGAACUCGCUUCAGACAUUUCAGUCUUCGAGUUUGAUAAGGAAGCUGCUGAGGCCAUCAUCCAAGGUGGUGCUGACUACACCGAGGCGAAACCUACUCUUCGCUUGGUGCAGUCUGUGCGCACCAUCCCAGAAGCUUUUCCUGGCGAAGCCAACACCUGCGGCCGCGUGGCCGUGCAUUCCUCUGGUAACUUUGUUUUGGUCUCGAAUCGGGGCCAUGACAGCAUCACCGUCUUCCGUGUGCAUUUCACACAUGGUCACAAAGGCCUUUUGUCAACAUGCCUGACACAGCACACACGUGGUGCAACUCCCAGGCACUUUCAAUUCGAUGCUUCUGGGCAGUGGCUUAUCACAGCGAAUCAGGACUCUGACAACAUCUCAGUCUUCAGAUUUAACUUGGCCACUGGCAAGCUGGAGUUUACUGGAAAUGAGUACGAGGUGCCUUCGCCCAACUUUGUUUGCAACAUGAUUCCACAUCGGCCUGCGGGGCUCUCAACCCUUUGAGCUGAGAGUUAGGGCGUUUUUGAAGCCGAAAGCUUUUGUAAGGCGCCAGAAUGGUGGACUAAAUGGCUUCUCAGACGGCAGAUGCUUUUGUUGCC